AUGCUUGAAAGUGAUAUUAAUCAAGCAGGAUUAUCAUAUGUUAAUCAUGAUAGAAUAUUGAAAUUAUUAAUUAAUCAUAAAAAUCCAAUGAUUGAAAUGAUGAAUGAACAAUCAAGAUAUAUUAGAAAAUGGUUUUUAUUUAUUGCUGUAUUUGCACUUUGUUUAAAUAUCUUAUUAGUUUUUACUGUCAAUAAACAAGAACGUCGUUAA